AUGCGCCGCCGAGCCUUAACCGUUGUUGGAGCUAUCGGCUACCAUUUUUCAUUGAGGCCACGCACCGGAACGGAUUACACACCUCCCGUAUUACCACCACUUGGACUGUAUCGAUCCGAAAAUGAGCUGAUACUUCGACGAGUUCUGGGAGACCGAGAGGAUAUUUUACCGAGUUUACGUGAUUUUCUCCGCGAAUACAAUUUUGGCAGGGGUCCUAUCAAUCCGCGUCCAGAUCUGAGGUUUACUUCGGCGUUCAGGAGGUAUCUGUGUAUGGUUGCAGCCAGAGAAGGAUUCAAUAAUGAGGAUUUUGAAGACUAUGUACCGGAUCCAGUACCUCCACCAGAAGCAGCAAAUGGUGGACAAGUGAACGCAAAUGACAGCAGCGCUGAAGAGGCCGAUCCUCCUGCUCCAUCCUAA